AUGUUCUCCAAGCAAUUGAUCCGUGCCUCUUAUUUGGCUCCUAGAAGAUUGGUAGCCGCCCGUUUUGUCUCCUUCACUGCAGAGAGCCAACCAAGGAUUAGACUUGGAUCUGAAGCACCAAAUUUUGUAGCUGACACUACUCAAGGGAAGAUUGACUUCCACAACUGGAUUGGUGAUAAGUGGGCUAUUUUAUUCUCUCACCCAGCCGAUUUCACUCCUGUAUGUACUACUGAAUUGGGUGCCUUUGCCAAAUUGGAACCAGAGUUCACCAAGAGAAACGUCAAAUUGAUAGGUUUAUCUACUGAAGGUGUGGAUAGUCACAACCAAUGGAUUAAAGACAUUGAAGAAGUAUCCACAGGUGGAUCCAAGUUUGGAUUCCCAAUUAUUGCCGACUCUUCCAAGGAAGUUGCCUUCAAAUACGACAUGCUUACUGAAUCUGAUUUUCAAAACAUCAACUCUGGUGUAGUUUUCACUGUUAGAUCUGUCUUUAUCAUUGACCCUGCUAAGAAGGUCAGAUUGAUUAUGACCUAUCCUGCAUCUACUGGUAGAAAUUCCGCGGAAGUGUUAAGAGUAGUCGAUGGGUUGCAAUUGGCAGAUGCCAAGGGAAUUGCCACACCAAUCGACUGGAGUGUAGGUGACGAUGUUAUUAUUCCUCCAACUGUCUCAGAUGAAGCAGCCAAGGCCAAAUUCGGGGAAUUCAAGACCUUGAAGCCAUAUUUAAGAACCACUAAGGCACCAAAAUAG